CUGCGAUUUCCUACAUCACCAGAUCACCGGCACCACCGGAGACAAGAGAAACAAACCCGACAAGAGCGCACAGCAAGACGGUCACCAUGAGCAGAUGUCUGAUCAGCCAGAUGGAGGUGCAGGGCUUCAUUGAGAGGUGUAUGAAGGCCGUGGGCACCCAACCGCAUCACGCCCGCAGCCUGGCCGAGGUGUUGGUGGAAGGAGACCACAGAGGCCACUACAGCCACGGACUCAACAGGAUGGACAUGUACGUAAAGGACAUUCAGUCAGGAAUCUGCGCAAAGGACGGUGAGCCAGUGGUGAUGAAGGAAAGUGCAGCUACAGCGCUGGUGGAUGGGAAGAACCUGUUGGGUCCAGUGGUGGGAAACUUCUGCAUGAAUCUGGCCAUACAGAAGGCCAAAGAGGUCGGCAUUGGCUGGGUGGUCGCACAUGGUUCCAACCAUUAUGGUAUUGCCGGACACUACGCCAUGCUGGCACUGAAGGAAAACAUGAUUGGAAUGUCAUUUACCAACACAUCCCCGCUGGUGGUUCCCACUCGUGGUAAAGAGUGCACUUUGGGCACCAACCCCCUCAGUGUGGCAGCUCCUGCUGCCGGUGGAGACAGUUUUGUUCUGGACAUGGCCACUUCAGCAGUAGCACUUGGAAAGAUUGAGCUGCAUGACCGUCGUGAAGACCCCAUUCCCCAGGGCUGGGGCUGCGACCCUCAAGGAAAACUGACAACGGACCCCAAGAAAGUCCUGAGGGGAGGAGGACUGGUGCCCAUCGGUGGCAAUGAAGACACAGGAGGGUACAAAGGCUACGGUCUGGGAAUGAUGGUGGAGGUUUUCUGUGGUAUCCUGGCUGGUGCCCAGUACAGCAAACAUGUCCGCACGUGGAAGGUGACGGACCGUGUUGCCAACCUGGGUCAAUGUUUUGUGGCAAUCAACCCAGAGAACUUUGCUCCUGGAUUCUGUGACAGAAUGUCAGACCUGCUGUCCAUCCAGAGGAACAUGGAUCCUGCUGACCCUAACUUUCCUGUCUUGGCUGCUGGAGAUCCAGAGAGGAUGAACAUGAAGAAAUGUGAGGACUUGGGUGGGAUUCCCUACCACAUCAAUGUCGUCAACUACAUGAACGACUGUGCUAAGAAGGUUGGUGUCAGCCAGCUGCUGCCGUGUGACAGGCUCAUCUCCAAUUAGUGGCUUCAAUCAGGAUCUUCAGCUCUGAAAAUCUGCCACUGAUCUUGUUUAUCUUGAAGGUCAUGCUGUGAGCAAUUUAAUUGCAGUUUUGUUUACGUGCAGUAUACUUGUUUAAGUAAUAUUUUAUUCAUUUUUAAACCGGCACUUUUCUGUUAUAGAAAGAUUUGACAUUUUAUAAAAAGUUGAAAAAAAAAACUUUGAUAGAUUUUAAAAGAUGUGACUUUAAAGGAAACAAUCAAAUAUUUUUUCUUUUUUUAAAAUAACUUUGGACUUGGUCCAAAUCCAAACUUAAACAUAUCUUGAAGAUGCUGUAUCUCUGAAAAUUGAAGAUGCAAAUUCUUUGCCGAAAGCUGUUGUAAGCCAUAGCUUUGUGCCUGAUGGUUGGCUGUGAAUGAUUUUAGAAAGGUUGUUUGUACGAUUGAAAGAUGAAAUGAAGUUAUUGUGGUUUGUCAUCAUCAAAUGUGAACAGAUUGUUGUGGAUGCAUUGCAGUGUUGUAGCUGUACAGCUGUCACUACAGUAUGACGCACAAAAGUAGCUUUUUUGUUUUUUUACUACUAUUACAUAUAUAAGCAUUUUAAAUUGACAGUGAGAUUGUUUUGCUACUUUUAAAAUGUUCAUAUAAUCUUUUCAUCUGGAAAACAUCUUUCCUAUGUACAUUUUUCAAUAAAUAUACAAACCCUUUUCUAAGCAUAAAUGCUUUGCUGAUUUUUAUCUAUGUCUCAGUGAACCACCAGAUGGCGAUGUAAGCUAAACCAUUUUUAUUGUAGCCACCUGUGAUGGUUAUCUAAUUAGUUUAUAAAUGGAAGACAGGCUCUAAAACUAGAGCAGAAAUGUGUUUAUGCAAUGGAUAUAUUUUGAUAUUUGAUCUCAAGGGGUGGGGGGACAGACUGUCUGUAGUCUUUUUCCUUCACAUGAGCCAGGUCGACCAGAUGAUUGGUCAUGUCAUUUCACGUGUUUCACAAAUAAAAAAGAUUUUACACACA